CAUAUGCCUGAAAGAGUCCUAACACAUAAUAUUGCCCAAUUAUCAAGCUAGUGGAUGCCAUGCGCGAAUUCUACUUUAUUCAAUGGCAUAUUCUCCUUCUUAAACCCUAUAUCAACCCAUCGCCCUGCUUCCUCUUUCUAACAUAUUUUCUUUCUGAUUCUCGUAUUCUGCAUUGCCUCUGAGUUGUUGAGCAUGGACACAGUAGUAGUCUUUGAUUUUGAUCUCACCAUAAUAGACUGUGACAGUGAUCCAUGGGUUAUGGAAAAGCUUGGGGCCACUGAACGCUUUGAGUCCUUGCUUCCCACCCUUCCAUGGAAUACUGUCAUGGAUAAAAUGAUGGGUGAGCUGCAUGCACAGGGGAAGACCAUCAGUGACAUUGAGGCAAGUUUGAGGACAAUUCCUCUGUAUCCAGAGACAAUCAGGGCCAUCAAAUUUGCCUUCUCUUUGGGGUGUGAUCUUUGGAUUGUGAGUGAUGCUAAUCUCUUUUUCAUAAAGACCAUCCUUGAAACCCAUGACCUGCUUCAGUAUUUUACAGAGAUUAAGACAAACCCUGCAUUUAUUGAGGAGAGUGGGAGAUUAAGGAUUUCCCCAUUCCACCCUUUUACAGUUGCUCCUCAUGGCUGCAACCUCUGCCCUCCCAAUAUGUGCAAGGGAGCAAUCAUAGAUGAGAUGCGAAAGUCCAUAGAAGAUGGGCUCAACAAGCGUUUUAUUUACCUGGGAGAUGGCACUGGAGAUUUCUGCCCCACCUUGAAAUUAACAGAAGGAGAUGAUGUUUUGCCUAGAAAAGAGUAUCCAUUGUGGAAGCUAAUUGAAAAGAAUCCGAGUAUGGUGAAGGCUGAAGUGCACGGAUGGUGUAAUGCCAAGGAUGUUGAGGACUUGCUAAUGAAACUGCUCAAGCCAUGAUCAGCCAUCGUACUUCUGUUAUUUUUUUCAUGAAGCAUGGUGAAUGGAAGGAAGUAUUCUCCAUGUGCUGAUGUAUAUGUUUUGAUAUCAAUGUAAUUCAACCAAUUUUUAAAAUUGAUUUGUAACCGUUACCUUGGCUUAUUGCAACACAUGUAAAUAAUUGAGUGGAAUUUCAAUGUCUUUCAACGCUUUGUUUUCUUA